UCUAUAUUCUUAUAUAUUAUUUAUUUGGGAAACUCACCUAACAGGCUAUCCCCAUCUUUCACUAGCUGUACCACUUCCAUCUCCAGCUUCUUGCUGCUUGCUUAUCCAUCUCAAUGGACUACCUUGAAAACCCUAAUUCUAACCUUAGUAACACAAACCUCACUGGAAAUAGUGACCCUUGGUCUUUGGAUUUUGAGUUAUCGGAGUAUUUGAUGCUUGAGGAUCAUCAUCAUCAUCAUGCUGUGGACCAAGAUUCAACCUCACAAAGCAUGGCCUCAUCAGAACAGGUUAUGGGGGGCUCUAGUGGAUCCACUGGUGCAACAUUAAGAAACAACAACAUAAGUUGCAAAGAUGGGGUCAAGAAAAACAAGAUGGAAGCGGGUCAUAGGGUUGCAUUUAGAACAAAAUCUGAGCUAGAGGUAAUGGAUGAUGGAUUUAAAUGGAGGAAGUAUGGGAAGAAGUCAGUGAAAAACAGUCCAAACCCAAGGAAUUAUUACAAAUGUUCAAGUGGAGGAUGUAACGUGAAGAAGAGGGUCGAAAGGGACAGAGAUGACUCAAGCUAUGUGAUAACAACAUAUGAAGGAACACACAACCAUGAGAGCCCUUGUAUGGUCUAUUAUAAUCAGAUGCCGUACAUGAUUCCUAAUGGUUGGACAUCACAAGCUUCAUCCCACUCUUCUACGCCAUGAAAAACACAACUUUUUUUUCGUAGUUACUAUUCUAGACAAGGUGUUUGUACUGUACCAGAGUCAAAGAGUGUGACAGAAAUGACAUUUUGUGUAUAAUUUAUAAUGUGGAAAGAGAAUAGUAGUAGGGACUUGCUGGGAAUUUAGAACAGCUAUUGCGUAGGCAACUUGGCGUUAGGUGGGUCCACUAUGGGCUUGACUCUGACUGCACUAGUUUGGGCCUGACACUUCAGGCUCCUGGGCACCCAAAAAGAAAAUGGGGCCAGACUUAUCCAUAAACUCAGGUUUAUGGGUUUACUUUAUGUAUAUUGAAGUUAUGUACGACUUUGCAGUUUCACUUAAGAAAAGAAAUUAUGUACUCGCAUUAUAAAAUAUAA